UGUUGAUAUUGAGAAUAAGAAAAACUGUUGACAAGAGAAAUGAUCGAACAGUAGAAAGGAAAACAUUGACCAAGAGACGAACAAAUUUCGAGUUUUCGAACUUUUUUUUCUCUUCCAUUUGUUGACCAAUACAUAGAACAACAACUUAACUGGACAGUGAGUGUCUCUAAUUAUGUGAAAACAAUGAUGACAAUUUAUCUCGAUUAUCCUUUUGGACUAAAUUAAUUGUGUGUUUGUGUUGACAAUCAAAGAGAAACAAUUGAUUUCAACAGUUUUCUUCAUCUCUGGUUUUCCAAUUGUUCACAUGUUCUAAUAUCUUAUUUGGUGACAUUUUCCUAUUUAACUAAAUCAGUUUAAUUACUUUUCCUAAAUUCUAAUUUUAUAUUCUACAAUCAUCUUAUUCGUUUAUAUUUAAAUUGUGAUUACUUAAAUCUACAACAAUCAAUAUGUUUAAUCGUUUCCUUUCAAUACUUUGUUCACUUGCUUUCGUCUUCUAUGUAACUUAUCAAGAGAGUCCAAAUAAUGUCAAUUUAAAAAGAAACUUCCAUGUGAAAAGUGAUGGUGAAUGGUCACAAUUAAGGUAUCAUUUAAAGGAUCGAAUCGGUUCACCCGGUAAACUAUUGAAAACAGGUAAAGGCGAUUUACCUCCUUCGGACCCGAUGGACCUUUCGUCUUUAUGGUUUGUCUUUGACGAUCACAAGGGUUACCUUAACUCCUCUCUUCACAAUGUUAAAGUUCAUGGCCUUUCGAGACUCUCUAUGAAAGAUACAGCAUUUAACGAGGCCACUAAGGAGCUUUCAGUCCUAUUUUCCGUUCCAUUGUUAUCGGUAACCGGUGAUUACAGUAUUAAACAUCGUCGUGGUGAUAAUUUAGUUGAUGAUCAAGGUAAACUUCACCUUAAACUUAACCACUGGUAUACAACAUGGUUUUCCCGUGUUCUUAAAUUUAAUUUAACUUCCGAUGAGUUAACGGUUGGUCGUAUAUCGGUUAAAAGUUAUUUUGAUAAUGUUACCAAAGAGUUUACAAGUUCAUCGGAUUAUAUUGGAACUGAUCUGAUCACCUAUUCACAUACCAUUGAAACCAUCACCUCAAUGUUAUCAAAUAAAGUUCAAAGUGAGGUUGAUGAUCGGUUAAAUUUAUUACUCUCACAGUAUAUUAAUGAAGAACCAACGACAAUUAGUGAAAUGUUAAGAAUUGCCGCUCAUUGGAAAGAUGCUCCUCCUUUAUUGUCGGAUGGUAGUUUAAGUCGGGGCAAACGUCAAGUACCUUGUGAACCUGGUGAUGAGCUUGAUGAAUAUGUGGACAGUUUAUUUCGAUUUGCAUCUCGAAUUGUUCGUGCCAUGGAACCCAUUGGAUUACCCAAUGCAACCGUUGAACUACCAGAGUACAAUUUAAAACUUUUCCUUUAUAAAGGAGGCGCUUCCAGAGCCUAUUCUUUGCAAAGGAAAAAAUCAGCUUGGGUUUAUUGUACCAAUGAGUCCAUUUCAUUAGGGCUUACAGUUGGUUUCAAUGAUCUUCGAGUAAAAUAUAAAUAUCGAGCCAUAUUUGAUUGGAAUUUAUUGUUCGAUGGUGAACUUGAGGCCAAUCUUCAGGGAACCAAAGCACAAGUUCAAUUCACCCAAACAACUCCGGACGAUGAUUCUGAAGAAGAGGUACAACAAAGGGUUGAUCGAGUUAGAAUAUGGAGAUUGGGUAGAAUUAGAGUAAUUUUAAAAGGUUUGGGUAAUUUAACACAAGCAGUUUCCAUGUUACUUACCCGAGCACUAAAUUCAAAUCAAGAGCAACUUGAUCCAACCCUUAGGCGAUUAGAAAGUGAAGCAAUCGUAACAAUCAACGAAAUGCUUAAAAAUAUUAGUGUUCCAUUUUUUUCCAUUGUGUAAAUCAACGUCACAUCAAAUCAACAAAAAGCCAAUUUUCACCAAUCAUCCAUAUAAUCAACUACAUAAUCACUUAUAUAUAUAUAAACAUAUCUGUCCAAGUCACUACCACCUUCAUCAUAAUCAUGGCCAUCAUCAUCAUAAUCAUCGAGAAAACAACUAAAUCAUAAUCAUAAUCAUCACCACCAAUUUUUUGAUUCCUGUUGCAAAAAACAAAACAAACGAAAAAAAAUCAACAUUAGAAUUUUUUUCUUCAAAUUCUAAAUAUCAAUCAAAUCCAUUCUCACCUUUCAAUGGAUCACCAAGUUUCCUUUUUUUUUGAUGUCACAUCCUCACUAAUUAAUUGUAUACAUUGUUGUUAUAAAAGAGUUUUCAUUAAUUAAAUACAAUUUGAUUAAUUGCGAAGAUGAAAAGAAAACAAUUAAAAAUUUUCUCUUUUCUUUCAGCUGAUUGCAUAACCGUAACGCCCUCUUAGAACGUAUCAAGUUACUAAAAUCAUUUUCUAUUCCAUGACAAGUGAGUCAACAACCUACGAAUCUAAUUGUGAUUUAAUUUAACUUUCCUACGAUUAAUCAACCUUAUUAAAUAAUAAUUUUUAACAAUUCACUUGUACCGUAAACAUAUCAAUUAAUUAAAUAUCGUGUUUUCGAUUAAUCCGUGGAUCAAAUUGUAAUCCAAUUAAUUAUCAUUUUCUCUCUGUGGUAUAUGACAGCCAAUAUGAUGAGAAGAGAAAAAAAAAUUCUAAUAGCCAUGCAUAAAAUUCAAAGAUAUUUUCCAUGAUAAUGUAAAGAAAACCUAAAAUGUUGAAUAAUAUCUGUGGAAAUUCAAGACGAAACAAUAAUCGUGGUCGCUUAGGCUGUUUCACAAGCCUAAAAGCCGCUUGGACUUUGGCUAAGCUGCUACAUUGAUGAUGAUCAAUAAUGGAUGAGAUAGAGAGGGUGUUUUGAGAUUCGAGGUGAGUGAUAAAGCUCAAUAAAAUGAGAAAAAAGAGAAAAUCGAAAAUUUCUUCAUUUUAAUUAUCUCUUUAAUCAAAUUCGAUAAUCAUAUAACCCAUACAACACCACCAACAAUAUAUAUCCGGUAUUACUGCAAUAUCCCAUUAGUCCAGUGAAAGUCCAUCCGUGAUUAUGAGAAACUAUUAAGGCUGAAGAAGGAUAAGAACAAAAAGAAAGCUCACUUUUAAAGAAAUUAAAAAUAUUCCAGUUAAAUGAAUUAGUUCGUUCUGGCUUACAUCCAUCUUCGAGUCAAUUAACUGAUUGUCAUCUCUCUUUUACUGCCUCUUCUUACUAUUUUUCAUCGUCUUUUUUUCUGCCCUUUUAACAGCCUUUUAACUUUUCCAUCAUCAUCUUCAACACCAACUCUCUCUCUCUCUCUUGUCUCAUCUCGCCACCUUCUCCAUCUUCGUUUCCGUCUUUUGUCAUCAUUAUCAUCAUCAUCUACCACCCUCCUAACUCACUCACCGAACCCGUAACAAUCAAAACAAACAAGUCAAAAAAAGCAACACACAAAACUUAUACAUCUUCAAUAUAUAUCGCUGUUCAACAUCCGUCUCCUACUUUUAUCUUUUUGGUUCUUUAUCAUUCCUGUUUCCGUUGAAAUUUGAAAAAAAAGUUAUAUGAAAUAUAAUAUAUUAUAUUACAACAACAACAAUAAUAACAACAAUAAUUGAAACAUAUCCCCGGUUCUGUUGAUUAUCAUCAUUACACCACUUCCAUCGUCACCAUGAGCACCUCAUCAUCUUCAUCAACUACAAUCACAAACACCGCUAAUUCAUCUCAAUAUAUAAUUUAAUUAUUAUGUAAACUGUGCAAUCAACAACAAAACCACAAAACUUUCACAUGGAUUUUAAAACCCUAAAGAAGUAAACAAAAUGAAACCUGCUAAUCAAACAAUCAACCAACAUAGUUCAACGAAAUAACAAAUAACCGUUAUCGUUAAUUAAAACAAUAAACAAAACAAAAAUUUGUAAAAGAUGUCGAUAAAACAAUCACAAUGAAACUAAUGGAAAUGGAUCAACAAUUAAAGCCUAUCACAAUCACACCACUCUAAAUGAUUGGAAAAAAAACAAUGAGAUGGAUCCACCAAGGAUUAGAAUCACUUACCACCAUCACCACCGGAAUAUCAACUUUAAAAAUCACUCUCACCAAUUAAUCUCAAUCAAUCAAUUAUAAAUAUUAUAUUAGUUAAUGUUUUCUUUUUGUAGGCUUUCAUCCAAACCUUUACUAUUAAUUAUUAUUACUAUUAUAUAUUACUAUUAUAAUCAUAGUAUUAUAAUUUAUCAAUUCUA